CCCCGCGGGCUCUUCCCGCCCGGCGCAGCCGCGGAGCCGCAGUCCGAGCGCGGAGCGGGCGGGAAGGGCGGUGGGGCGUUGGUCGCGGUGCCGGCGGGGCGGGAUGGCGCUGUCGCAGCAGUGCGAGGCCGCGUUCGGUACGGCGGACCUGUACGGUGUGCUGGGCGUGCGGCGCGGCGCCUCCGCGCAGGACAUCCGCCGCGGCUACCACCGCGCCUCGCUGCGCCUGCACCCCGACCGCGUCCCGGCCGAGCAGAAGGAGGAGGCCACGCGCCGCUUCCAGGUCCUGGGCAAGGUGUACGCCGUGCUGAGCGAUGAGAAGCAGCGCGCAGUGUACGAUGAGACGGGCAUGGUGGAUGAGGACGCCGAGGCGCUGCAGGACGGGCGGGACUGGCUGGAGUACUGGCAGCUGCUGUUCAAGGUCACCGUGAAAGACAUCGAAGAGUUCAAGAGCACCUACAAAAACUCGGAGGAAGAGCUGGCUGAUGUGAAGGCAGCGUACAUGGAUUUCAAGGGUGACAUGGAUCGGAUCAUGGAGUCUGUGCUGUGCGUGGACUACACGGAUGAGCCCAGGAUACGGGAAAUAAUCAAGCGAGCCAUCGACUCCGGGGAGGUUCCAUCCUACAAGGCUUUUGUAAAGGAAUCAAAGCAGAAGAUGACGUCCAGAAGAAGGCGGGCAGAAAAAGAAGCUAAAGAGGCAAAAAAGACUAUAGAUGAGCUGGGCCUUAGUGGAGAAAAUGACUUGGAAGCACUGAUUAAACGCCGAGGCAAAGAUCGAGAAAAGGAAAUGGAUAACUUCUUCGCCCAGCUGGAAGCAAAGUACGGCAACAGUGCUAAGAAAGGAGGAAAGAAGACCUCAGCCAAGAAAAGGAAGGCAGAAGGAACAGCAUAGACUGAAAUAGCAAGUUUCACUUUGUAUAGCAAUGUAGAUUUGGGAGGAUUUUGGGUGUUUUCAGGGCUCCUGUUUCGGACUGUGUGCAUUGACUGGCAUUAAGUGGAGGCAUGACACGGAAUGCAUGCUGGACAAGGAAGACAAGGCAUUCCUGUGCUACUGUCUCCAGCCCUUUGGGUGCUCUACAGUUGAGAGCCAUGUGUGCUACUCACACAUUUCUUCUGUAACAAACCUCCUGCUAUUUUUAAAGGUCUUUGCACAUCAGCUCAACAGGUCUUUUUCAGAUAUUCCAGUAGUUUUUAUAAAGAUAGUUUGGGAAAUUGCUGAUUUAAUAAACAAGAAAGUUGGGGUUUUUUUUCAGAUUUUUGCUUUCUCAGAUCUCUGUAUGUUUUCUAAAUAAGCUAUUUAAAACAA